CUCAAGAGAGUCAGAAGCGCAUCUUCACCCUCUGUCUCCCGUAAACAUGGCGGCGUCCGAGACCAGCACAGAACUACCAAUACGCGACGGCGAGCAGAAAGCUGCCGCCGAGCAGCAGAUCGACCCUUGGGAUGUUCAAGCUGGACAGGAUGAGCAAGGAAACGCCCUCGCUUUUGACUACGUUGCCAUCUCACAGAAAUGGGCCACGAAAUUGAUUGACGAUGAGCUCCUCCAACGCUUCGAGCGUCUUACGGGUCACAAACCGCACCGCUGGUUGAGGCGCGGCCUCUUCUUCUCCCACCGAGACUUCGACAAGAUCCUCGACAAGUACGAGGCUGGCGAACCCUUCUUCUUGUAUACGGGGAGAGGACCGUCAAGCGAUUCCCUGCACCUGGGUCACACAAUUCCAUUCUCUUUUACAAAGUGGCUGCAAGACGUAUUUGACGUCCCUUUAGUCAUUAUGCUUACUGAUGAUGAAAAGGCGCUCUUCAAGGACAAGCUCACAUUUGAGGAAACCCACAAAUUCGCGCUUGCAAACGCAAAAGACAUCAUCGCAUGCGGGUUUGACGUGAAGAAGACAUUCAUCUACAGUGAUUUGGACUACAUCCAAGGCCAUUUUUUGAUGAAUAUCUGGGAGUUUUCGAAGCUCAUACCAUUCAAUCAAGUGCGAGGAGCGUUUGGGUUCAACGAGAGCACCAACAUCGGACGAAUUAUGUUUCCAGCCGUGCAAUGUGUAGCUUCCUUCGCGACGUCCUACCCUGAGAUCUGGUCCGACAAGCCACCGGCCGAUCGAACGAAGGAGAUAGCAAAGAUCCAAUGCUUGAUCCCCAUGGCCAUUGACCAAGACCCUUAUUUCAGACUUGUGCGUGACAACGCUCACCGCAUGAAAUAUCCGUCGCCAAAGCCUGCUCUGAUACAUUCCAAAUUCCUUACCGCGCUUCAAGGCGCCGGCGGCAAGAUGAGCGCAAGCGACCCCAAUUCCGCAAUCUUUAUGACGGAUACCCCAAACCAAAUCAAGAACAAAAUCAACAAGCAUGCCUUCAGCGGAGGAAGAGAAACCCUAGAAGAGCACAGGCGGCUGGGUGGAAUUCCAGAAGUAGAUGUCGCCUUUCAAUAUCUCGCCUACUUCGAAGAAGAUGACGCAAAGCUCAAGGAGGUGGAAGAAAGCUACAGAAAAGGCGAGCUGCUUACAGGAGAGCUGAAGAAGAUGGCUAUCACAUUACUGCAAGAGUAUGUCAAAGGGUUCCAAGAGCGGAGAAAAGACGUCACAGAGGAGAUUCUGAGGCAAUUCAUGAAGCCUCGAAAGCUGGAAUGGAAAGGCAAUCCGAACCCAAAGCCGAAAGAGACAAAGCCAAAGGCGCCGAAAGAGGAGAAAGAAGCAGAAAAGUCAAAGGCCUGAAAGGCUAAGUCACUGGCUACGUGCAACUACCUAUAAGUUAGACGGAUCCAAAAUGGGCCCUGUGCUUAUAACCCCAGAAAUGUUCCUCGGCGCGUGGUUGAGGCAGAAGAGCUACUGCUUUAAAUAGCAGAGGGCACGUUACUAGGCAAGAACU